AUGUCUCUCUUGGGAAGCGUUCAUGCUCGAAGCACGCUGGAAGGCUGCACCUUCACCGAGAUUGCCAACGAAUAUGACGAGUAUUCCAUUGUCUGGUACGUCCCCGAAACCGGCGAGAUCUGCGACGUCCCUGCUUGCGGCGGCGGCCUUGAUCCCUACAAUUACGACAACCCUGCUUGCCCAGAAUAUACCGGCACGGCCCCAUACGAGCCAAGCUACCUGGAGGACUACGAGCCUCGUGUGCCUGUGACGGCGGAACCUGUGGCAGGCGCAGAGCCAACUACCCUCCCGGACUGGUCUGAGGAAGCUGAAGAUGAGGAACCUGACGAGGUGGUUCCGGACGAAGAGGACGAUUACGAGACUACGUCGAUUACACCCGCCCCUACCACGAGCACGGCCGUGACUAGCUCUACUGAAAGGACAAGGACCACAUCGACUCCCCUAAUUACUUCCUCCACGUUCACGUCGAAGGCGUCGCCCAGGCCAUCGCCAUCUAGCUCGGCAGCAGUAUUGGGUAGCGAAAGUGCGCGCAGUUCGACGCCUUUGUUUGGUUCUUCCACGGCCCUGAGGCCAUCUCCAACAACCAGUUCCGAAGCUGUGCUGGCCAGUGAAAGUGCACGCAGUUCAAUUCCCCUGAUAAGUUCUUCUGCGGUUUCGCUGCUGCCGACACCGCCGCUGAGCCCUACACCCACAACCACCCCGGUGGCUGUGGUAGCCAGUGAGACUGCACGCAGUUCAACUCCCCUGGUCUCUUCUUCACCGGUUACCUUGCGGCCAACAACCAGCUCAAGAGCCAUCAUGGCUAGCGAAGAUGCACGAAGUUCGAGCGCUGCAAUCAGUUCCCCAGUUACGUUGCUGCCUACAACCAGCUCAGUGGUGGCAGUUGCUAGUGAGAGUGCACGCAGUUCGAGCGCUGCAAUCAGCUCCCCAGUUACGUUGCGGCCUACAACCAGCUCAGUGGUGGUAGUUGCUAGUGAGAGUGCACGCAGUUCGAGCGCUGCAAUCAGCUCCCCAGUUACGUUGCGGCCUACAACGAGCUCGGUGAUGGCAGUUGCUAGUGAGAAUGCGCCUAGCUCGACUUGGAUCAGCUCUUCCCCAGUUGCGCUGCAGCCUACAACCAGCUCGGCGAUUGCAGUGGCGAGUGAGAAUGCACGCAGUUCGACUGUGGUCAGCUCUUCCCCGACCACAUUGCUGCCAACAGCCAGCUCUACGGUUGUGGUGGUUGGUGAAAGUACGAAGAUCACUUCGAGCUCACUGACCACAUCCUCUUCGGGUUCAUUGCUGCCAACUCGUUCUUUAGCCCCUCCGACAACCAGCUCUGUUAACGUGGUAGUUGGCUCGACUACCCUGCUCGGCUCUUCAUCAGUCUUUGUUUCCCCAAUCCCAGCAGUCAAUGGCGCAGGCUCGCUGCGACUCAGUGCUGGCUUAGGGGUUCUUGGAUUGCUCGCGUCAUGGAUUAUGUGA